UGAGCUGUCACUGUGAAUUUUUCAGUACUUCUUCAGUGUGAAUGAAUUUUUCUUCGUACUCCAACUUGGCUAUACGAAGGGCUCAGUAAAAUAAGAAAAUAAUAUUAAGGUUUUGCUGUGUAUUGUGAAUAAAUUCUAGGAGGUACAAAUUUAAAUAAAAUACAUUAAAGAUGUCCAUAUCAGCACGUCAAGCACAAAAGGAGCAUGUCCUGGCUGUAUCCAGGGAUUUUAUCUCCCAACCACGUUUAAGUUAUAAAACUGUGUCAGGUGUCAAUGGUCCAUUGGUCAUUUUGGAUGAAGUCAAAUUCCCCAAAUUCGCCGAAAUCGUUCAGCUUCGUUUGGCUGAUGGCACUGUGCGUUCUGGUCAAGUGCUUGAAGUAAGCGGCUCUAAGGCCGUCGUACAAGUGUUCGAGGGUACUUCUGGUAUUGACGCCAAGAACACAGUUUGCGAGUUCACUGGCGAUAUUUUGCGUACGCCUGUGUCAGAGGAUAUGUUGGGUCGUGUCUUCAACGGUUCCGGAAAACCCAUUGAUAAGGGUCCACCAAUUUUGGCUGAAGACUUCUUAGAUAUUCAAGGUCAACCCAUUAAUCCAUGGUCACGUAUCUACCCAGAGGAAAUGAUUCAAACUGGUAUCUCAGCUAUUGAUGUCAUGAACUCCAUUGCUCGUGGACAAAAGAUUCCCAUUUUCUCUGCUGCUGGUUUACCGCACAAUGAAAUUGCUGCUCAAAUUUGUCGUCAAGCUGGUCUUGUUAAGGUUCCUGGCAAGAGUGUAUUAGAUGACCAUGAAGACAAUUUCGCUAUUGUAUUCGCUGCUAUGGGUGUUAACAUGGAAACUGCACGUUUCUUCAAACAAGAUUUCGAAGAAAAUGGUUCUAUGGAAAAUGUGUGUCUUUUCUUGAACUUGGCUAAUGAUCCUACCAUUGAACGUAUUAUCACUCCACGUUUGGCGCUGACUGCUGCUGAAUUCUUGGCUUAUCAAUGCGAGAAACACGUAUUGGUUAUUCUUACUGACAUGUCCUCAUACGCCGAAGCUUUGCGUGAAGUAUCAGCUGCUCGUGAAGAAGUACCCGGUCGUCGUGGUUUCCCCGGUUACAUGUACACUGAUUUGGCUACUAUCUAUGAGCGUGCUGGUCGUGUUGAAGGCCGUAAUGGUUCUAUUACACAAAUUCCAAUUCUUACUAUGCCUAACGAUGAUAUUACCCAUCCAAUUCCCGAUUUAACUGGUUACAUUACUGAGGGUCAAAUUUACGUCGAUCGUCAGUUGCAUAACAGACAAAUCUAUCCUCCAGUGAAUGUGUUGCCAUCACUUUCACGUUUGAUGAAAUCUGCCAUUGGUGAAGGUAUGACACGUAAAGAUCACUCUGAUGUCUCCAAUCAGUUGUACGCCUGUUAUGCUAUUGGUAAGGAUGUGCAAGCCAUGAAAGCUGUCGUCGGUGAGGAAGCUCUGACGCCUGAUGAUUUGUUGUAUUUGGAAUUCUUGAGCAAAUUUGAAAAGAAUUUCAUCUCUCAGGGUAAUUAUGAGAAUCGUACUGUCUUCGAAUCAUUGGAUAUUGGCUGGCAAUUGUUACGUAUCUUCCCCAAGGAAAUGCUUAAACGUAUACCAGCUUCCAUUUUGGCUGAAUUUUAUCCUAGGGACUCACGCCAUUAAAUUGUUUUCUGGGUCUUUCAUUGUAUAUUUUAAGCUAGAAUCAUAUAUUCGUUUUGUGCGAAUAGAGAUUCUAACGUUGUUCUUUAAUGCAAUAUUAUAUAAAUAUAAAGCAACUAUUUUAAAACAA